GUUUGAAACGUAGCCACUCGUCUAAGCCAAUCACAGGCAGCCUUAGUCUUCUUCUAAGAGCUCGGGGGCCAUCUGUGAACUCAGAAUACAGUCUGCUUAACUGCAGUGAUGGAGCCACUUUACAUUCUUCUCCUGCUUCUCUGCGAAGUGCUUAAUGUUUUGAACACCUUAGAUAUUAUUCAGGAUUCUGGAGUUAGGACUGCUAAAGUUGGUGGGACAGUGACUUUACCCUGCUCCUGUCAGCAUAACGCCAUAACUUAUUUUUACUGGUACUGCCAAAUCCAGGGAGAAAAACCCCGUAUCAUAUCAAAACAGAUGAAGCAUGACACGGAAGCCGAAAUUUCCCCUGCAUAUAAAGAAAGAUUUCGAGUUCUUGUGAGGUCCGAAGCUGGCGUCAAUGACCUGAUCAUCACAGAUCUUCAGCCUUUGGAUUCAGGAACGUAUUACUGCGUGAUGUUGGAGUUCAACGCCAUUGAAUUUGGACGAGGAGUUUUCCUCCAUGUGAAGACAUCUUCAUCGAACGCUCAACCGUCCAAACAACAGCCAACGCUGAAGAAGCUUCUACGACUCGGGGGCUCUGUGAAUCUGAGCUGUAGCGUGUCUGCUGAGCCCUGCGAAGGGGAACGGAACCUCUACUGGUUCAGACGUACCGCCGCUCAGCCGCCACUCAUGUAUCCCAGUGAAGGGCAUUGUACAAGCCUUUAUAAUGAAACCCUCUACGGUAUAAACUGCACUUCGACCCUCGAGUUGGAUCCUGUGAGGUCCUCGGAUGCAGGGACCUACCACUGCGCUCUGGCCUCCUGUGGGUCGGUUGUUUUUGGAGGGGGAACAAAAGUAGAAGUUGCAGUGCCUUCAGUCGUUGUGGGUUCCCUAAGCGUUGCUCUGGCACUUUCCACCAUCGGGCUCCUUGUUUUGAGUUUCUGGAGGUACAAACUGAAAUCAAAGCUAUGCUCUUCCUGCAAAGGGACGGGUAAACACCGGAUGUGUUCCGAGGCCCGAGAUGCCACUGAGAAUCAGACAGAAAGCCUCCAUUAUGCGGCUCUGAAUCUGAAGAGAAGCGUUGAAAGGCAGCAGCAAGAGGACAACGUCGAGAGUGCCUGUGUGUACUCCAGAGUACGGAGCAGAAAAGAAUAAAGCACAGCCGUCUGCAUGAAGGAAAUUAGAACCUAUCAAAAUAUUUGAAUAAAACA